AUGACGACUUCUUCAUUGAUUUCAGACGGCAUGGAAGGCCUCGACUACAGUCGAUCCCCGCAGUUAGUCGCCGAAGAUAACAACGGGUCUUUUGGGCCCAGUCACGUCAUACAGCCCAAGUCCGAGCACACCCACACUGCAAUUAUUUUACACGGACGCGGCAGUUGCGGUGAGGAGUUUCUUCAGGAACUUGUUGCAUCAACUCUUUCCGAUGACUGCACCCUCAUAGACAAACUGCCCGGUUGGCGAUGGGUAUUCCCUUCCUCGAAGAAACUAUGGAGCAUUGCUUUUCAAGAAUAUAUGCCUGCUUGGUUUGAAGCACACUCUCUAACAGACCCUACCGCGCGGCAAGAUUUGCAAGUCGAAGGGCUUUGUGAGUCGAUAGACUAUAUCUCUCAAGUUAUGGAAGGGGAGGUUGCGCGACUUGGCGGCAACCAAAAAAGAUUAGUCCUUGGCGGAAUCAGCCAGGGUGCUGCGGUUGGGAUGUGGGCUCUGUUCUGCCAGCGAGAUCAAACUACAGGAUUGGGGGGAUUCUUUGCCGCUAGUACUUGGCUCCCAUUUGCGGCUGAUGUUGAAGAAAUCCUGGCUGGUCAGAAGCCGCUGCCUAAAAAGGGUCCUGAUACAGAAAACAUGGCACCUAAGGAUGUGUUACUUAGCAUGAUACCAACGGUGGCUGGACGUCUCCGUCUAGGCAUUUUGGAACAAACUUCGAUCUUCAUGGGCCACGGCGUUGACGACGCAUACGUGGACGUGAAAUUGGGUCGACAGGCAGCACGUGUCCUGAAGCAAGGGGGAGGAAAGGUUGAAUGGAAGGAGUACGAAGGGGCGGAGGAGGAGGGGCAUUGGUUCAGGGUGCCAGACGAGAUGGAUGACAUCACUACGUUUAUAAGUGAGUGCGACGUUAAGAGCAAAUGCAAAAAGAAUAAGAAGUUUAACCCCGCAGAAACCAAUGAGGAACCGUCCAGGGCCUAUGGAGAGUAUGCUAUUCGGAGCACCCUUCGACGCCUUGGAUAUAGGCGAUAUGUGGCCAGGCAGAAGCCUCUGCUUUCUGAAGCAACCCGUCAGAAACGCCUGGCCUGGGCUCUGGCCCAUGUCAACUGGCCCCUUGAGGAAUGGAAAAGGAUCCUCUGGACUGAUGAGACUUGGGUCCUUGGCAGCCAUGGGAAGGCCUAUACGCCUAAGAGAAGGCAAGGCUGGAUGUUCUGGGGGUCCUUUGCAGGCAGCAUGAAGGGCCCAGGCAUAGUAUGGGAUAUGGAGAGCUGGGGGACUAUCACUGCUGAGGCCUAUCAGCAGCAUAUUGUCCCCCUCAUCCAUGGGUUCAUUUCUCUGCUGGAGCAGGAGGGCAGUCUGAAGAGCAGGAGGAUUAUCCUUAUGGAGGAUGGUGCCCCCCCUCACUCUGCAGCUAGCACUCUAAAGGAGCUGGCCAGCAGGGGCAUAGAGGUCAUCGACUUCCCCCCGUACUCUCCAGAUCUCAACCCUAUGGAGCCAUGCUGGAACUGGAUGAAGGAGUAUAUCCAGCUUCACUAUGGGCAUCGUCAGUCAUCUCGUGAUAUCCUCUAUGGAUGGGUACAGGAGGCAUGGGACGCACUUCCAGAGGACUAUUGCGGGCAGCUCCUAGAGAGUAUGGGACAGAGAUUCCAGGCAGUGAUUGAUGCGAAUGGUGGGAUUACUAGAUUCUAA